AUGGUUCCAUUAGCCGCGCGCACCAUGGUUUUCCCCUCCACCUUUCGGUGUCUCCGACCUACUCACACCCUUCUCCGCAACCCCUACGACCCUUCCUUCGCCACUCGAACCUUCUCAACCACUGUCCAAGCCAAAGGCGAUAAUAAUGCUAACAGCCAAUUCGGAAAUGCGCCCUCUCCACCCAGACUCCCUAAAGAAGAACAAGAGAUCUUCGAGAACCUCCAAAAACAAUCAACUGGCGCCUUCAGCACCCCUCGAACGGCUCUGGAAAUCAAUCAGUCCCCCCAGUCGAGAGAUUCAUCCACAGCCAAUCCACGAAUCGAGGCUACCGGUGCUGGCGAGGAGCUGCAUCCAGAUCUCUUCCGUGGGGCAAAACCGGAGUUUGAAGGGGAGACAAACCCCAAGACCGGUGAGGUUGGCGGUCCGAAGAACGAGCCGUUGAAAUGGGGCAACCUUUACCGAGGAACUUGGUUGUAUAACGCGCAGCUACCGCAGGUUCGAGAUCAAAACCAAUUGCGCGCGAGCGAAUAUGAGCUUCCACUCCGACAUCGUUCCGUAGACAUUUCGAACCUCUUCAACGCGAAGUUUCCCCUAAUUUACUAUCCUCCGCGGGUCCACGACGUGGUGAGAUCCUUUCCCUCGUACUCUAUUUUCACGAUCGAAUCUCGAACCAUGGCGCUGUAG